ACGCGCGGAAUUGAAAACUCGGCUCGACGAACGACUGCAUGCGAUGGGGAAUGGGAUGAACAAGGAGAAGUUUGCCAUGUCUUUUGGAGGUCCUGAAGCCCCCGAAGCCGACAUGGCAACGUUCGAUGCGGUUGUACGCGAACUCUACAUCAAUGCAACUCGACUUGUCGAAGAAAACAAACAAACAUUAGCCAAGAUCGAAGACUAUAAAGGUUGCCAGGAACACGUUCGCAAGAGCAUGUCCUCCCCAACAAACGAGUCGUACAGACGAGACAGCUUGAGUCACUUGAUUCCAAAUGUCGAGGUCAUCCAGGAAUUCUAUCAGGCUGCUCACAAGCAAGGCGUUGUAUUCCAUCAACUAGUGUCGAUGUUGUCGGGGAAUGUUGCUCCAUCUCACCCAGCACUAUUCAAGAGGCUCGCGGACGUGCUUGUGUUCUGCCUGACGUUUGACACCCUCAAAGCGAUGAACCCAGGCAUUCAAAACGAUUUGAGCCAUUACCGCCGGUACAUUGCCGCCAGUAAGGACAACCAGUCCGAGCAAGUCCCAGAAACCAUGGCGAACAACUUGUCGUUCUUCGUGGCCGAUCACAUGCCGAUGCUCAAAGCCAUCAUCAGCACCCUCCACGACGACAAUAACCCCCACACCCGACAAAGCGUUGCACAGUUGGCCAACUUGACAUGCACCUAUGUCAACUCACACAGGUGAAGUUCAAGCACGACGUGGUGGCAUU